AUGGAUUCAUCGGGCCCAAUCUUGAUGACUGAAGCUGUCAACAACCAGCCCAAUUCUGUCUGCAGCUUCAAUCGAGAAUCUGUUUCGGUGGAUGAUGUGGUGGCGGCUCUAGUUCGUGAUGGAGGUUGCUUCGUUCGAAACUUCAUGUCCAAAGAGGACGCCGCGGCGAUUGAGAGGGAAAUCCGCCCGUACUUGGACAUGGAUCAACCUUUGAAUGGUGACUUCUUCCCCAAGGAGACACGGAAGGUCUGCGGCCUCGCCGGCAAAUCUCCCACAUUCAUCAAAGUGGCCAUGGGCGACUCUGUUUAUCAACAGGCUUGUGAGCGACUGCUCAGCUCACAUUCCAAGUCUUGGUACGGGGGUGAGUGUAUGGAACACAUCUCGAAACCGAUCUUGAAUGCACAUACUGUGUUCUCUAUUUCCCCUGGAGCCCGGGCUCAAGCUCUCCACCGUGACGACUCCAUCCACCACAAUGUGGUGCCUGCGAUAUCACGCGAAGACUACCGGGUUGGUCGAGAUACCGCAAUUGGCCUCUUCAUGGCCGGAAAAAAGACCACCCAAGCAAACGGGGCAACUCGCUUUGUGCCCAAAUCGCAUCUCCAGCACACUUGGGAUCCGCCGUCGGAGGAAGGCGUCGUCUACGCCGAAAUGGAACCUGGGGAUGCUUUUAUCAUGCUGGCAUCCUGCUAUCACGGUGGAUCGGCUAACACUACCGAAAAUGAGGAGAGAUUGCUGUUUGGAUGCUUCAUGUGUAAAGGGUAUCUCCGACAGGAAGAGAACAUGCCGCUUGCAGUGCCAACCGAGAAGAUUGCUCAGUACCCGACCGAGAUUCAGGCCAAACUAGGCUACGAUGUUAGCGCCCCUUAUCUUGGCUGGGUCGACCUCAGGAGUCCUCUGGAGGUCUUGUUUGGCAAGGAGAGUCUCACUGCGAUUCAGUGA